AUGCUUGUCACCUUUGUGGCCAUGACAACCACUGUUACAGCCAAGGAGGCGCCUUGUUCGUCUCCCGAUGAAUGCUGUUUGCUCUGCGGUGACGAUUCGGAGCGCUGUGCUCGCGGUCCGUGCAGUAUGAACGUACUCACACGCGUCGUCUUCAGCAUUAGCAUGCCCACCAAUGACGUUGGCUUCUGGGACGUUAUUUUCUCCUUUUACGGCAUAGUCCCGUACCUCGUGCCACUGAUCAUCGCGCUUGACUUUAUCUUCCAUCGCCGCAGCUGGACGCGAGUUUUCGCCUUCCUCUUUAUCCCCAUUUUUGCCAUUAUCAAUUCAUUUGUACUUGUCUUGAGUCUUGGCGAGUGCAGCGAGUGUGAUCGUCCGUGCGGUUGUUGUGUCUCCACCAACGGAAUGCCGUCGGGCCACGCUACUAAUGCCAUUGGUUUGUGUCUGUGGCUGAUCCUCGAGACACUCUUAGGUGUUGGUAAGCAAUGGAGACUGACCACCAAGGUGGCUAUAUGUGUUUGUCUCGUUGUGCUCUUCGUACCAGUCCCAUACAGUCGCAUGUAUCUGGGCGACCACACGGAACUGCAAGUUAUCAUUGGAAGCGCCAACGGAAUAGUGUUUGGUCUCAUCUACUUUUUUGUGCUUCGUUACGUGGUGAGGAGACGGUUGCCUGGCGCCACGGAGCGAAUGAAGCAAGGCUGUUUCCAGCAUUUGAAGAUAUUCAACGAUUUCUACAUUGUGAAUGAAAACAUGAUGAGCUCGGAACAAUGGUAUGUGAAUUUUGAGCAGAAACUAAAUUGA